AUGUUUUGUUUCGUAGCGCUCGUGUUUUAUGUAAGCGCAGUCAGUGGAUAUGUGUUUCCCGAUGGAUUCAAGUUCGGAGUCGCGACAUCCGCUUACCAGAUCGAGGGAGGAUGGAAUGCUUCAGGUAAAGGCGUCAGCAUAUGGGAUACAUUUACUCAUCAGAACCCUCAUCUCAUAGAAGACGGCAGCAACGCUGAUGUUGCCUGCGACUCUUACCACCUCUGGCGGAAUGAUAUUGAUCUGGUGGAGGCUUUGGGAUCCGAUUUUUAUAGAUUUUCCAUUUCUUGGUCCCGGAUCCUGCCCACGGGGCUGCCCAACGAAGUUAGCAAGGGCGGUGCGAAGUACUACAGCGACAUUAUCGAUGAACUCCUCAGACGGAACAUCCAGCCCAUGGUCACGCUCUACCAUUACGAUUUGCCUCAGAAAUUUCAAGAUCUCGGUGGCUGGGUCUGGAGGUUGUAUGAUGAAGAGUAUAAGCCGACAUAUCACGGACGGGUGUCUCUGGCGAACAAUCCUGUGUGGCUUGAAGCUGGUGACGCGAAGUACGAGAAUUUAGCGGAGCUUGGAAGAGAAUUUGGGGCAGGUCGUUACUCUCAUCCCAUUUACUCAAGAACUGGAGGAUGGCCACCGUCUGUCGAGAAGUAUAUGGCUGAACUUAGUAGACGACAAGGCCUUCUACACUCCAGGUUACCGGCAUUCACUCAAGAAGAAAUAAAACUCAUAAGAGGUACAUACGACUUUUACGCGCUGAACCACUACACUAGUCGAAUGAUUCGACCUGCAAAGCCUGACGAGAAACCUGGUGCCUGGAUCUUCUUUGGUUCCGUAGACCUAAAUGCUAUACUGUUCACACCCGAUUCUUGGCCACACACAGCGGCUGCAGCUGUUGUUAUGUACCCUCAAGGAAUACGACGCCAGAUGGCGUGGUUGCAACAAAAAUAUGGCAAUUUAAGCUUUUUGAUCACUGAAAACGGUUGCGCCAGCAACACUAAGGGUGAACACGACGACGAUCGUAUAGAAUUUCUUGACGCCUACCUUAAAGAGAUUGCUAAAGCAAUAGAAGAGGGCAUUAACGUAGAAGGUUACACGGCGUGGUCGCUCAUGGAUAAUUUCGAAUGGCUGAGUGGUUAUAGUGUUAGCUACGGACUUUAUAAAGUGGACUUCAAAGAUCCACAACGCUUGCGCACCCCACGCGCCUCAGCACAUUAUUACGCUGACGUCAUCAAAUCCAGACGGCUCGAUACGACGAAUAUAAAUAAGAAUAAAUAUACAAAUCUAACCAUACGUGUGACCUACAACAUUUUCAUGAUUGUUGUGACAAUAGUGAGCUUAGGUUUAAGCAGAUAA